UCCGCUCCCGCCCCCUCUAUCCAUCUCUCUCUCUCUUGUUCCCCACCGUACUGCUCCGCUUGCGCCAAGCGAGUCUCUUUCGCUCUUUCUUUCUCUCUCUAGCCUGUUUCUUUCCCCCCUCUCUCCCCCUCUUUACAUCUCUCUCUGUCGUUUAUCUCCCCCUCUCUCUCCCUCUCUCAUUUCUUUACCCUUUCUCUCUCUCCCUCUCUCUCUCUCUCCAUCUCUCUCUUGUUUCCCACCGUCCUGCUCCGCUUGCGCAAAGCGAAAGUAGCAGCGGAAAGUCUCAGGCAGCUCCUGCUCUGUUCACGCUUCACUUCACAACGUGUCAGCAACGGAGAGGGGAGGGAGGCGACGAGAGAGAGAGUGAGGGGGCGAGGGAAACCCGAACCCAUGACUUCCGCGUAUUUUCCUCUCUCUGGUCUCGCAUCUCAAACCACCCUGAGUGGUAUAAAAAGACCUGGGUUAUGCUGCUUCAUUUCAAACUCAGAGCAGGAACUUAAUGCCCUCUAUGCAGCCCAAUCCAGUUCGAUUUGGAUAUUCAAGAAUUUACCGGUAAACCGAAGUCAUAACGUGGUUAGCCAACGUCCGAAGAAGGAUUUUACAUUUUUUGGGGUCCUCUUGUUUUCUUGCAGUGGAUAGUUAUUCUGACCUGGUUCUUCUGACCGACUCGUAAAACGGAUAAUUCUGUAGAGCUUCUGGGAUCGACACACUCCAGUUUUCUUCUGGAACUCUGUGUGAUCACCGGGAACCCGAGAUGGAUGUGGAAUCUCAGAAGAGCGCACGCCCCCGUGGACGGUGCCUGGACGUUUUCUUGGUCGGUUCUGUCGUUUUGCUCUUCCUGACGGUGGCGACAGUUGUUGUCAUGGGAACUUUGGCUCUUGUGGAGCUACGGUCAGAGAUCGGGGUUAAACCUUAUAUUGUGGAUAUGCAAGGUACAUCGGAGACGCACCAUGGCGUGCCCCGUUCCACGCCCGCGUACAAGAUGCAGAACUUGGCCUACGUGCAACUCACCUCCGCCACGAUGGAGAACAGGACAAUGUCCUGGUCCCAGGUCGAACAUGGACUGGAGUCCUCUGUUGGAGAUCUGUACAAAUACAACCUUCAGCAACAUACAUUACAAACCAAGCAGGAUGGCUUCUACUUCCUGUACCUGGACCUUCAGCUCACCUGUACCGCCAAAUGUGGGCGGGGCAUCCUCGUCGUCCAGCUUGCAAGUCACGGUGACGAAAAGCUCACCUGCCAGGUGGAGCUCCCAGAGUGGUCAGAGUCAAACCCUGUGACAACGGUAACCAGGAAGUGCUGGAAGGUGACACGACUGGACUCAAAGAGCCGGUUAAUGGGCCGUAUGGUGGUGCCGAAAGCGCAGGACACGUUCUGGAAACUGGACGGGAACGGAUCCGGAAUGGGAGUUUUCUUAGUGGCUUAAUAUGGGCCACGUUCAGUACGUUCACCUUUGUGAAACUUUGCAGAUAGAGAUGCCGUGAACAGAGCCGACGUUAUUCCUCCGUUAAGAUGUCGCGGAGGCAUAAAGUUCUACAUUGCUACUAUCUGAACAUUCCCGAAACGUUGCGUCCUACUGAACGCACCCCUGGGAUGGAAGUUAGGGCUCCGCCACAGACGAAGGGAAGGAGACGAGAAAAGGAAGCGAGCCAAGGGUACUGAGAUGCACCCCAUCUAGGAGAACUUGCAGACAGAGAGAGUCGUCCCACCAUGCACUGUUUGUGGACUUUGACCUCUGUCGCUCAGGGCAUCUCCAUGAAAACAAUUUAAACUAAACAAUUCAGGUCUAUUUAUAUGGAUAUUUAUUGAAUGUAUAUAUAUUUAAUGUAUAAACAUGUGUAUUUAUAUAUUUGUACUCAGGGUUACAAUGUGUUGUUUAUUGUCAUGUGUAGAUGCCACUACGUUGGUGCU